UUAUAAGGUACUUUUUUUUUAAAACCUUUUAUAUAUAAAUAUAAGGUAUUAGGCUUGAUCUCACAAGUGUAGGGAAAUGGAAUCUGACUUUAGAUGACAAGUGGUGGCUUUGUUUGCUCCUUGCCUCCUUGGCCAGGGGAGAAGGCAGUUGACCUACCUAGGUAAAAAUUACACAAGGAAAAAAAGAGAGAGUUUCUCUUUCUUUUUCUUUUCUCUCUUUGUUUUUGAGCUGGAGGAUUCUUCUCUCUUCUUAAGCUCAUCAGGGCCAGCUAAGCCAGCACAAGCAAAAGGACUCUGUAUUUUCUGUGUUGUCUCCUCUAGUCCUCUCCUCCCUUCUGUUCCAGUCAGGACAUACAAAGCAAAGAUCCCUCCCUCUGCUGUGCAGGCUGCAGCAGGCGAGGAGAGGCAACCAGAGGGAGGGUAGGUUGGUUUGGAAGGAAGGAAGGAGAAGAGAUAAACAAGUUAGGAGGAGACAAGCAUCCGAUUCCGAACUUUGAUGGAUCCCCUCCAUAUCUAUCUUCCCAUCCAAUCCAAUCUCUGCCCUCAAUUGAGAUUCGAGAGCUAAGCUAAGCCACGCCAAAUUAAGCCAUGGCGUGCACGGCGGCGCGCAUGUUCGCCUCCAACGCCACCCUCUGCGCCUGCGAGCCGGGCUUCUACCUCUCCGCCGCCAUCAACGGCACCUGCCUCGGCCUGCCCGACGGCGGCUGGCAGGUCGGCUCCGUCGGCGCCUCCCGCAACCAGAGCUUCUACUUCCUCACCCCCGUCCUCUCCCUCGACGUCGUCCGCCGCCUCACCCAGUCCCAGGCCCUCCUCCUCGAGGCCACCAUCGCUGCCCUCCUCUCCUGGCUUGCCUUUUGUGCCUUCGCCAGGUUCACCGGACACGACCCCACCGGCAACAAGAGGCUCUUCCGCGCGCGCUUCUGGGUCAGCCGCCUCGACUGCAUCUACGACACCACCCACUGGGCGGAUGACCAGCAAGUACUGAGGAAAAGAAAAACAGAGUUGGGUGGUACGUGCUCAGUAGCUAGCUUGAUACUCUUCGUUGGAUUAGUCACUGUGCUGCUGUACCAAGCCAUCCAAAGACGCAACAUUGAAGUGCAUCGGGUCAAACCAGCCAAUGCUCCUGAUUUGUUGUCUUUUGUCAAUGAUAUCGAGUUCCACAUAACCACCAUCUCUAGCAUGUCUUGCUCUCAGUUGGUUGCCCCUUCUACAAUUGCAAUGGGAACACCUGGAUCUAUGGACUUCAGGCUGCUGCCUUUGUCAACAUUGUUGACAUACAAUUGCCAGAACACGAGCCAGGGGCCAUCUGUUUCACUCAAGUGCAAUGGCUGCAGAAUCCCGCCAAGAGACCACUACGUAUCCUGGCAAUUUAUUGACCUGCCAAGGCAACCAGCUGCCGCUGUUGGCUUCCAGUUUAAUCUCACUGCGAAGCAACAUGGAGAUGACAAACAUGUGAGCUCUGUCAGUGGAACUAUAAACUCCGACAAUUUUACUGAUGACAAGCUGAAGACAUUCAGAGGGAGAGAUUCCAAUGUGCUCAAGAUUCAAUUGUUUCCUCAAACAUACAUCAAUCAUCACAAUUUGAAGCUUCUGCAACCUCUGGUUCAGGACUUCACUCAAGGUUCUACCUUUUCAAAUGUUAGAAACUUGAAUGCUUCCUUGCAAAACCCUAUGGAUGGAAUAAUAAAUACUACACUCUACAUAAGCUAUCUUUCCAACUACAUUGUGGAGAUUAGCAACGAAAAUGUGCUAGGCCCAGUCAGUAUACUUGCAAGUAUUGGUGGCCUUUAUGCCUUCAGUGUGGCAAUAUUUCUUUGCCUUAUGGCUCAAUGUGAAGCUAGGAUAAAAAAGCUUCGAGACGAGGAUUCCAGAAUGCUAAAAAUACUGAGGAAAAGACGUGCUCAACAGAAUUGGGAUAAGGUGAGGAAGUUUGUCAUGUAUACCUGGGGCCCUAGCAACUUGGAUCCAAGUGAUAGAAGUGGCAAAUGGCCUGAAAGUUCAGUGAUGGAUUCUCUCCAUGGAUCCUUCCACAAGAAAAGAAAACCGAUUAGACGAGCAACCUCGAAUGGUAACAAACCUAAGAGAAAUCCUGCUGACGCGGGAGUUAUUGACAUCGAAAGAGUUGGGGAAAUGCAGGAGUCGAGUAGUUCUAGACAGGCUUAAUGGAUGAAAGCUGUGGAUGCUAUUGGUCAUUGAAAUGUGAUUGCUCUUAGUCUCUGACUCAUGGCUGAUUCUACACAAAUGUGCUUGUAAUUUUUAUCCCUUUCAAUAGUUCCGCAUAAAGAAUUUUUUUGUUGCAGCAGCAUCAUUGGAGCGGCAUACCGUGGCUUGGCUAUAUGGCAGGUCCAACACAACCGUACUACCAGAGAGGUUUUCUUGUAUGUAUGUUGCAACAAAUGGGGAGAAAUGUACGGAGUUUUAACUAUUAAUCAGCAUGUUGGCUGCUGCCGAGGUCAGGCCAGAAUCCUCUUUGAUUUUCAUGGGACUUCGUUUCUUGAGUUGUCGAACACUGUAUAUACCUUCACCAGUUACCACCCUCCACGUGCAAUUACAGUGGGGAAGAAACAGAAAGAUGCCUAUCAUUUCUCUAUAUGAAGCAGAUGGUGGCAUUUGUAUUUUAAUUUAUUACAUCGUGUCAUCGUGUAAAUCUUCGUGUUGGUGUGAUUCGCCGACCGUUUUCUAGCCGGCUGAUUAUAUAUGCCAAACUUAUACUCCGUAAGUAGGGAAAGGUGACCUUCAGUUUCAGGUUGAGAGAUUCUACGUGGUACUGUGAUAGCUCUUGCUUUUGAUGGACAUGUAAUGUGUUGUUGUUGACUAUGUGGUACUUUGUGAUGCUUGGACAUGUUUAUAUGUGGUGCUAUGUUAAAAAAUCCUGUUGAAAUUGUGUCAA